UAGCCUUGUGCUCUCAAAUGCCUAUAAAAUGUUGGACAUCUAGAUAAUGUUUUAGAGCUUUAAUCAUAGUCCUUAUCAAUUUUAUCCAAGAAAAUAAAAAAAUAUGGCUCUUCCAUUGGUAUUUCUGUUAGUCCUUUCCAUCCAAUAUCAUGCACAUUUACUCUCAGCAUCCGACCCGGAUCCUAUUGAAGACUUCUGCUUAUCCACCGGCGGAUCCAAACCCGGUGAUACGAGCUGCAUGAACAACAAUGUAACAGUGGAAGAUUUUAUUUUCACAGGCAUAAAAUUGCCAGGAAACUUCACAAACACAGGUUUCACUUCAAAACCUGUUAAUGCCAAUGUAUUCCCUGGGCUAAACACCUUAGGACUUUCGUUGGUGCGAGCUGACUUUGGCGUGGGUGGUGUUAAUGUUCCACAUUAUCAUCCAAGAGCUACAGAAAUCGCGUAUGUUUUGGAGGGAAAAAUUUAUUCAGGAUUUGUUGACACUCAGGGAAAAAUAUUUGCUAAGGUAAUUGAGAAAGGUGAGGUGAUGGUGUUUCCUAGGGGUAUGUUGCAUUUCCAAAUGAAUGUUGGGGAGUCCCCUGCAGCUAUUUUAGGGAGUUUUGACAGCCAGAAUCCCGGCUUGAUGAAAAUACCAUCAACCAUUUUUGGGUCUGAUAUCAAUGAAGAGCUUCUAGAGAAGGCUUUUGGGUUGAGCUCAAAAGAUCUUCGAAAAUUGAAAAAAAAAGUUCAGCUCAUCCUAAGUUUUUGAUAAAAUUCUGUAAUCUUUAUUGUACUAAUCUUACAUAUUAAUAUUGUAUUUAUUUACUGAUGUGUCCAUG